AAGCUCCCUUCUGACAAGGGCCGUAACUACACGGAGAUGUUACACCAUGGAGGAUAUAAGUUCGUGGUUACGCCUUCGUCAGCGUCAGGCGUCAAAUUUGAAGGAGCAAUAAAAUGGAAAUAGUUAUACAGAAGACUGGAUCAAGACAUUUACAUUGAAAUAGUCUUCUUGUUAGGAAAAACAGUAGCUCUAUAUAAUAAAGUAACUAAAUGAACACCAGAAAAGCCGAAUUGUAAAUCUAAUUACAUCAAACGUUGGCCUUAAGUUAAAAUCACAUAAUAUAGACCAUGAAAGACAUUUGUCUUUCUAGUCCUUAGUAAAUCAUUUCUUUUACAUUGCCUUAUUUUCUGUUUGUUAAAAUUAUAUAACAAAACCUAAAUUAGGAAACAUGAAAGUUCAUCUAUCUUUAGAAACAGGGUAUGGCUCAAUAUCCUUUUUCACAUCUAUACUUCACAAUGUUUUUUUGCUGUACCAUGUGGACAUCUUUGUAUCUGUGUAUAAGAUUGACAAAAUGUCCUUUUGGUUAGGAGAGACAGUUUUCCUUUUAUGGAACUCUUUGAAUGACCCACUGUUUGGGUGGAUCAGUGAUCAGAGUUAUUUAAAUAGCAACAGCUGUACUCAUAAUGUUGUUGAGAAACGCUUAAAAGCUCUGCAGAAUAAUGGCCCACUUCUAGCACUGACCUUUCUAGGGUUUUGGUUAGGGUGGGCUUACCCAUGGCUUCAGUUUGUUUUGUGUCUCUGCCUGUAUGAUGGCUUCCUGACUAUGGUGGAUCUACAUCACUCGGCCCUCCUUGCUGAUUUAGCAGUGUCUAGUGAAACCAGAACUAAACUUAAUUCACGCUGCUCUUUCUUUGCCAUGCUGGGAUCACUGUCAGUUUUUGUAUCUUACAUGCUUUGGCAUAAAGAAGAUCUGACCAACUUUAGAAUAUUCUGCCUCAUUCUGUCAGUAAUAUCAGUAAUGGGAUUCAUCAUUGUCUGCAAAAAAUUGAGACAUAUCCAUGCAGCUAGACAAAAACAAUUUUUGGAAGGUCCAGAAAUGAAAGAAAGUCUUGAAGGGCAUGAAGCUGCCAUUGGAUCAAGCACAACACUGGUAAAAUACAUCAAGCAAAUCUUUUCUCAUAAGAACUUCAUGUGGUUUGCUGCCAUGAAUCUUGUACAGGUUUUCCACUGUCACUUCAACAGCAAUUUUUUCCCUCUUUUCCUGGAGAAUCUGCUUGGUGAUGCUGUUAGUCCUACAGUUACUUCUUUUCUUUUAGGUCUGUCAUUUGUAGCACCUCAUAUCAACAAUCUAUACUUUCUUUAUCUGUGUCGGAAGUGGGGAGUAUACUUUGUGAUUCGCAUGUUAUUUGGUGUCAAGCUCUUGAUGGCUGUUUUCAUGCUGAUAGUAGGGCCAGGCAAUCUUGUUUUUCUCUGCAUAUUUAUUGCAAGUAACCGUGUUUUCACAGAAGGAACUUGCAAGUUGCUGUCUCUAGUUAUCAGUGACCUGGUGGAUGAGGAUUACAUGUUGCACAAUCGUAAACAAGCAGUUUCUGCGCUCAUCUUUGGAACAGCAGCAUUGCUGUCUAAGCCAGGCCAGACUUUUGCACCACUUAUUGGUACAUGGGUCCUUGCCCUACAGACAGGUCAUGAUAUUUUCCAGUCUGGGCAUGAAACAGGUUCAGUGAAAGCGGCAUUUGAUGGGAUGAGUACAGAACAGUGGGUUAACCACAGGCUUGGUUGCUUCCACCUGCUGGUUUAUGUAUCUGUGGUGUGUGCUGGCCUGCAGCUGCUCUUUUGGCAGCGAUUCACAUUACGUGGAGCCAAUCUUGUCCGGGUGAAGACAGCACGGCGAGGCCAAGACCACAGUCAUGUUUGAUGUUUAUUUGGGGUGCAGACAACACAGCAACGCCACAGUCAUGUUUUGUCCAGGGGAAGACAGCAUGGCACCAUAACAGCUGUGUGGAAUCUUUCGUCAGCAAAAUCAGAAGCCUAUGUAUUUUGAUUAACAGACUCAUCACAGUUUGAGCAGUAAUCAAAACUGAUUUGGUGCUAUACUACAGGCACGUUCUUACAUAAUCAUUCAAAGAUGAAGCGUUUAUUAUGUAAUUACUGUUUCAGAAUAGAGUUAAAAAUAUAUUUUAUGUAUAAUUUUUAAUAUUGUAGAUCACGUUUUCAAAAGUGCAUUUUCUAAGCAAGUGUAAGGGUAUUUUCUUUAGCUUGCCUGUAUACCAGAAAAUUAAACUAUAAAAACAUCGAGUACUCUGACACUGAUAUUUUCUUGAAGAUUGUUAUGAAUACAUUGCAUUAUCCAAUCUGAGCAUCAACUCACUGGGCCUGGCUCUUGACUAUAAUUACCCUACAUCCUCUGGUUACUUCAUAUUAAUGCAAUCAAUAGUGGUCAGAAUUACACAGUAAUGGCUGUGUCCAGUGUAUGCUAAUUCUAUUAAGACAAAAAUCAUUGUUUAUAAAAUGUAAAAAUAUUUGUUUCUAUGCAUUGUAUUGAUAGUGGCAGCACUGGCUUGUUUAUUUCAAAAUAAUUUAUGUAACUUUGACAAAUUGUUUGCAUUUCUUGUAAAAUACCUUUUUUUUAACUUUUCUGAGUUUAUUAUGUACCAUAAUCAAAAGUUCAGUUUUUUUAAACUUGUUAAACAAUGAAGGUAAGAUUUUUUAAAAUCUUACACACCACAAAUUUCAUUUGCCAGUUUUAAGUCUGUAAAACCUUAUGGAGUGUGCAGUAAAACAUUCCCUCACUACCAAAAAAAAAAAAGCAUCAUUUCAACAGAUGUGUUAUAUUUUCGCAGUGUUGAAAGAGAUGACAGAUAAACUGCUGCUUUGUAUUUUGUAGGUCGCACUGAUAUUCCCUUAUAACAUAGUGUGACAUAAUGGUUAUUGAAUUCUGUUAAGACUUGCUGAAUUUGACAGCAAUUUUUAGUGCUUAUGUUGAAUAUUUUCUGUGUGUGGGUGUGUCUCAGAGAGUUACUAUUUGACUUUCUUCUGCUGUCUACUUUUUGCUUUUUGUAAAGUUACAAAUAGUACCUUUACACAACUUUUACUCAGAUCAUGUAAGAUCUAUUUAUUUGCUGUUGUUUUAGAAUGGCUGGAAACACAUACUCCCCGCACCCCCCAUGUUCGCAUCUGUAAAGAGGUGUAGCUGAAAAGUAUUUUGUGUGACAUGCAUGAUUACACUCAUUUACAAUAAUGCUGUGAUUUAAAUAAGGUAUACAUGCAAACUAAUGGAAAUUAUUUACUUGUUAGAAGGAAUGGUGGAAAGCAGCUAGUUAUUUAGGUCGUUGUCAUGGAAUGGUGUUCCAGGACUAGUGAAGCAUUUGUAAUCAAAUUAGUGAUAUGGUCCUUGCUGGAAAAAGGGGAGAACACAGUAUAACUUGGUAUUCACUGAUAAACAAUUGUUUGAAAUUAUUUUAAUAUCAAGUUCCUGUCAGUGACAUGAACUGCUGUGUUUAAUGAUUUGUUAUUGUUUUAUGCUGUUAGUAUCAGAGGCCACCUCUUAGUGGAAACGAAAUAUUUUCAUUAUGUCUGUCAUUCUCUUAAGGGUGCCGUCAAGAUUUUAGCAUUUCUUUGUCAUUUAAGGAGAGAUGUCAAUCAAAAAAUAUGAGUAGGAAGAAUAAAGUUUUUUUAAUCCAU